ACUGCAGACUUGGACUUCUCCACGCCUUUUGUUGCAGGAUUUAGCUAAAUAAAGUUAUAUUAUAUUUAAAUUUGUUAAAUAAAGUUAUAUUAUAUUUUAUAUUUUAUAUAUAUUAUAUUAUUAUAUUUUAUAUUUUAUCGUCUUUGCAUGCCAUCAUGCUCUGGCUCCUGUCUGCACUGUGUGCCGCAACGCUGAUCAACAUGUCAGACGCCGUGAGUCGUGACCUCGUCGUGUCCCAGAAGCCGCGUUUCUACGGCAUCAGCCCCGGUCGGUUCGUGACCAUCUACUGCGUGUCCUCCAAGCAACACCUGGCGGCCCACGUGGACUGGUACAAGGCCUCCGAGUACGACCUGGCUGUGUCUGAAAGGCAGAUGCUGCAGGGAGCCAUCACUCGGCACAAAGAUCUGACCCGGAACGCCUUCCUCAUCCUGGCGGAUUUGUCCGUGAAAGACAGCGGAGUCUACUUCUGCAAGAUCAACAACACGUGGGGGGCGGGCACUCAGCUGCAGGUUGCCAGACCCGUGAACAGAGCCCGGGCCGCGCACCAAAGCAAGAUGAAGGACGGUCUCAUCAUCAUGCAAGCGCUGAUGCUUUCUGUCUUUGCCGCCGCGUUACUUCAACGCCACCGCAAAUUGCUGAAAAGCGGAGAGCUCAUCUACGAGGAGCCUGAAAUUGAUCACAUCUACGAGGGCUUGGUCUUGGAGGCGAACGAAGGAGACUUCUACGAGGAGCUGUCGCUGUACGCUCAGGUCACUGAAGCCGCCGAGGCCCCGUGGGAAUGAUGCUGGCAUUUCACCUUGAGCAGAGGUCGUUGUGAUGAUUAUUGUGUUUUCUCUCCUGUUUGAUCCUUCUACAAACUCUACAGGAAGUGCUUUCAUUUCACACAUCAAACUAGUCAGUGCUCGUAGCCGUAUAUUAUCAUCUCCUUUUAACAUGAUUAGAGCCCUCUAGACAGGAAAUAACACCCCUAUAGUCACCUUUACACUCCUAUUACACGAUAUAGGAGACAUAAUAAGAGACAAUAAGACAUAAGACAUACAUGUUAGCAUUGGGAGAGUUCCUUGUUCAUUUUUUACUUCCUGUUUCCGUACAGUACUUCCUGCAGUGGCUAUAGUCUCAUCAAUGUAACAUUACUGCCACCUAGUGACCAGUGUAGAAUACUACAUAUCAUCAUAACGUCUUUGAAUGCAUCUUCUGAAUGCCUUAUAUUUGUAUUUUAUUUCAUUUAGCCAUUUGUAUGCCUGAAAAUGCUUCAUUUAGGCAAAAAAUACGUAAAAUUUGCUUCAAUAAGCAUAUAUUUUUUGACUAAUAAUAGGCUUUAUUCAACCACUUAACAGCACCGAUUUAUUAAUGAACUUCUUUUUUUUUAAACUGAUCAAAUUCGUCAAAUUCGAAGGGUGAAGUGGCAAGGAAUUGCUGUGUAUACAAAAGCAU